AAUUUUGGCCUCAAUGUUUAGUAUGGGAUGCACAACUGAUGUAGUUAGCUAUAAUACUCUGAUCAAUUGGUAUUGCAAGAAUCAAAAAAUUGAUGAAGCCUUGAAUCUUUAUGAGGAAAUGACUUCAGAGGGAGUUAGGCCAGGUGUUGUUACUUAUAAUACCUUGCUAUCUGGGCUUUUUAUGAAUGGUAAUGUCAGACAUGCAAAAAAGCUAUUUGGUAAGAUGCAACUUAGUAAUUUGCCUCCCGAUUUAUUUACGUAUAAUAUUCUUAUUGAUGGGUAUUGCAAAAAUGGUUGUGUUUUGGAGGCUGUUGAACUGUUCCAUACUUUAAUAAAUCGAAACAUUCAACCUAACAUCACAACUUUCAAUUGUCUCAUUAAUGGGUUGUGCAAAACAGGGAGACUCAAUAUUGCUUGGGAAAUGUUCAAUGGAUUUUGUAAGGAAGGAAAGUUAGAAAUGGCAAGUAAAUGGUUCUCAGAUAUGGAGCAAAAUGGUGUUGCGCCAGAUUUGGUCACUUUCAAUACGCUUAUGUCUGGUUUCUUGCAGAAUAAUGAGACUUUAAAAGUGGUGGAACUUCUUCACAAAAUGAAAGAGAGAAAUGUGAAACCAGAUGCAUCCAUAUAUUCAAUAAUAUUAGAUUUACUGGGAAAGCAUGAAGAUUAUCGUGAAGUCCUGAAUUUGCUACCAUCCUUUUCAACCCAAGAACCAACAGGAUGUUGAUUGUUGAGUAAGUGCAUUUUCCAGGGGAGUAUAGGUUAUCAAGAGAGCCCUGGCAAACGUUAAAGUUUCCAUGUAAGGGUGUGUGCCAACAUUGUAGUGGUGAUUGUAUUUAUGUGAAUCCAUUAAUGAAGAAGUCAUAUAAUUGAAGUUA